GUUCAUGCCAUCUUCGAUUACAGGCUUGAUUUUCCUGCUUUGUUUUGUUUCUUCGGUUUAUUCUGUCGAUUAGUUGACGACUUUCAUGAUGGUUCAUGGGGUUCGGCACCGGCGUCAAGGCUCUUUCCACAUCGAUCCGAUCAACAGUCUCUUCCCUGAAUAAGGGUGGGGCUUCAUUUCAAGGUGGUCAUGUGAGGACUGCCGGGUUUCUCAUGAUAGAUACUCAGCCGGCUGGGUUCGGCGAGCUGGCGUAUUUGAUUUUCUGCGCGUGCGUGGUUUCUACGGCUCAUGUGGUCAUGCCGAUCGAUAUAGGUAUAUCGAAUGCAAAGCAAUGAGUAUUGACGACUUUUUUGUGUGACAUGGAGGUGAUGUAUGUAUAAUUGAGGUCAUAACUGGUGUCUAGCUUCAGUGUUUU